AUCAGUUGGGCAGGGGCAGCUGGCCGGUGGGAGGAGGCCGGUGGGGGAGGCGGGAGUCCAGCGGCCGACGACGGGCGACGAGGCGGCGGCGACGACGACGCGAGAGCAGGAGGGCCUCAACGCCGGGCGCAGGCUUCUACGCGCGCGCCAGCAGCGGCUACGUGCGCGCCACCGACAGGCGUAGAUGGGCGGCCGCCUGACAGCGGCCUGCGCGCGGAUGAAGGAGAGCAACGCGAGCGUCUUGCGGUGCUUGUACCGCCGCCACGCGAGCUGUACGGCGACGGCCGCCCACGUACGCCACCCGACCAGCAUCUGCAGCGGCGGCGGACGUGGAGCCUGCGUCGAUGGCGGCAGCCGCAUCAAGAUACUCUGCAGCUUCGGCGGCCGCAUCAUGCCCUGCCCAUCCGACGACGCCCUCAAGUACAUCGACAGCGAGACCCGCAUCCUCGCCGUGCCCCGCUCGAUACCCUUCUCGCCGCGUGCAGAUUUGAAGAAGAAGGUGGAGGAGAUGUUCAGGACGGAGGUGGCGGUCGUCGCCGAGGACCUCGACGUGCUCGUCUCCGUCACCUGGGACGAGGACCUGACCCACAUGCUCGACGAGUACGACUGCUCCAAGGAGAAACGGUCGCCGUCGGCGUCGCCACGGUUCCGCGUCUACAUCUUCUCCUCCCACGGUUCCGCAUGCACCACGACAGCAGCUCCGGUGCCCUCGCCGAGGAGGAGGAGGACGUGGGGUGCAAUCGCCACGACGUCGUCGCUGCUCCGGUCCCCGUCGUGCGUCGUGGAGAAGGACACCUCGUCGGCGUGGUUCCUAGGAUAGCCGUUCCGCGUCGAGAGGUGAGAGAGAGAAAGGAGGGGAAGAGGGAGGGUGCUGGCAUGGCAUCCUGACAUGUGGGGUCCCAUGCUGACUCAGCCGCCACGUAGAAUAAAAUCGGUGUCAAAACCACUGAGAGACCUACAGUGCACGGUUUUUAUAAGUUGGAGGAUGUCAUAUGUCUGGUUUUGUGGUUGGGGAACGAUUUUAUAACUCAAUGACAAGUUGAGGGACUUUCGGGGUACUUUUUCCUUUGGACAAAGUACAU